CUGAGCAGCAAGAGCAGCAGCAGGAGCAGCAGCCUGAAAAUCCCCCUUCACUUUCCCAAGGCUCCAUCGCCGGGAGGGUGGAAGGAUGUUUGCAGUGUGCCAGCCAGAUGUCCCCCUGAACGCUCCGUUCCAUGACGGCAAGCGGGACCCGACACUGGGCACGGCCUUCCUCGCUGAACGGGAGCUCAGGCAGGACAAGAAUUUCAACUUUGUGGUGGAAGGGUAUGACAGCAACGAGAACUGGAGCCAGGCGGUGCUUGGGACCCAGAUGGAGGGGGGCUCUGGCCAGAUAGAAAACACAACAAAUCCAGCCGAUAAUCUGGUGUUAUUAGUACAGAGACAGACAGCUCAGGGCAGGCUUAGGGAUGCUCCCCGAGGGCUGAAGUCAGACGAGCUGGGCCUCUCUGAGGAGGAUGUGUGCAGCCCCCCGAAGGGAGCCGAGCUCAGCGGUGCAGAGAAGGAGAAAACGGCUACCGAGGACACGGCCGAAGAGUGUGGGAGAUUGGCUGGCUCCCCCUUAGAGGACAAUGGCUAUGCCAGCAGCUCCCUCAGCAUCGACAGCCCCGACAGCAGCACCGGCAACGCCUGGGAGGCACCCGCUGCUGCCACCAAAGACCCAAGGAACCAGCCACCGCCUCUGGGGCCCGACGCUGAUCCCGAAAACUCCUCCGACUCAGACACUGUCUUCCCGGUGCUGGCCGAGGCCUUCCAGAAGCUCCAGGACAAGAUGAGAUUCAAGGAGCGGGAGAAGGAGAAACACCACAUCCACCUGGUGAUGUAUCGGCGCCUGGCCCUGCUGCGCUGGAUCCGCGGCCUCCAGCAGAAAGUGGUGGACCAGCAGAGCCGGCUCCAGGAGAGCUUCGACACCAUCCUGGACAACCGCAAAGAGCUCCUCCGGUACAUCCAGCAGGGCGUGGUGUGCCCCAAAGCACCGCUCACGCUGGCCUGUGAAAGACGCUCAUCUCCCAUCUGUCACAGUUCAGAUCCCUCCCAACCCCCCCAGCUUACCCAGCUCCAACCAGUUGUUUUGUCUGAGCACAGCAUCCAGGAUUGGGCCCCCCAGAGCUUUGCAGUCAGCUCCCAGGGUCUGCACGGGAGGCUGGCGUGAGAUGCUCUUGCCUUAUGCACCCAGGGAUUUCGUGAAGCAUGAGGACACCAGACCUGACGAACGCCACGUGGUAUUUAUGAGCUGGCACAAUGCAGCUAGACGCACGUUCCCGUCCGUUUCGGCACAUGGCUCUAGCUGAGAGCACAAGUAAAAGGUCCGACAUGUGCCCCAGCUAGCGGCUGAGAAGUCAGGGAACAGGAGGGGUUGGUCCCAUUUGAAAUGAGCCUGAUUAACCCUUUCUCAACUCCACCCCACAUGCCACAUAUCCCUUAGCACAAAUCAUUAACCCUUUGCCAGCUGAUCAGCAGCCAGGAUUCACCAGUGUUCCCAAGACCCCAGUCUCACUAGAGAGCUCACCUGAGACCUGGGGUCACUAGUGAAUCGGCAUAGGCCAGUCAGCAAGCUAGUAUCUGAUUAGUUGGCAAGAUGGUUAUUUCUGGGUGGAAUGUUCCCUCAUAACAAUCCCCCUAAGAAUGGUCUUAUCCCUUAUGUCAAUCUACUGACCUCUCUGUGCAUCCAUCCCACGUCCUUAGCUUUCUCUCUGUCCAUCCCAGCUGAGCUGCCUACUCAGCGGUACAAUG